GACAGAGAAGUUAGGUUGUGGCUGCUCCGGGGCUCAGAAAGCGGAAACCCCGGUCACGGCCAGGCUGGGAGGGGAAGUGCUUGGUGUCCGCCCCCUCCCUCCUCCUGUAUCCUCGGCUGGAUGCUAGGCGCCCUGUGAGGAGGCUCGGAGACCGGGGCGGUAAGUAAGUGUUCCCUUCCCCCCCCUCCCCGGGUGGGAGAGGCCCCCGGUGCGGGCCUUGGUGCCGGGGGAAGGGAUGACUCUGGACUCCAUGAUGGCCUGCUGUCUGAGUGAGGAGGUGAAGGAAUCCAAGAGGAUCAACGCUGAGAUCGAGAAGAAAAUCAAGAGGGACAAGAAGGAAUCUCGGCGGGAGCUGAAGCUGCUGCUGCUAGGUACAGGAGAAAGUGGGAAGAGCACUUUCAUUAAACAGAUGAGAAUAAUCCAUGGCUCUGGCUACUCAGAAGAAGACAAAAAGGGCUUUACCAAGCUUGUGUUUCAGAAUAUCUUUACUGCCAUGCAGUCUAUGAUUCGUGCCAUGGAAACAUUGAAAAUCCUCUAUAAGUGUGAGCAGAACAAGGCCUAUGCGCAACUUGUACGAGAAGUGGAUGUGGAAAGGGUCUGCACUUUUGAACAGCCAUAUAUCAAUGCAAUCAAAAACCUGUGGAAUGACCCGGGUAUCCAGGAAUGCUAUGAUCGGCGACGGGAAUAUCAACUGUCAGAUUCAACCAAAUAUUACUUGACAGAUGUGGAUCGUAUUUCCAAGCCAGGCUACCUGCCCACCCAGCAAGAUGUUCUGAGAGUUAGAGUGCCAACUACUGGUAUCAUUGAGUAUCCCUUUGACUUGGAAAACAUUAUUUUUAGAAUGGUGGAUGUUGGAGGGCAGAGAUCAGAGCGGAGAAAGUGGAUACACUGCUUUGAGAAUGUCACAUCCAUUAUGUUCCUUGUAGCUCUGAGUGAAUAUGACCAAGUCCUUGUGGAGUCUGAUAAUGAGAAUCGGAUGGAGGAGAGCAAGGCUCUCUUUAGAACUAUAAUUACCUACCCAUGGUUCCAAAAUUCUUCAGUCAUCCUUUUUCUAAACAAGAAGGACCUUCUUGAAGAUAAAAUAAUGUACUCUCACCUUGUAGACUACUUUCCAGAGUUUGACGGUCCUCAACGAGAUGCGACGACUGCUCGUGAAUUCAUCCUGAAAAUGUUUGUGGAUCUGAAUCCCGAUAGUGAUAAGAUAAUCUACUCACACUUCACAUGUGCCACAGACACGGAGAACAUCCGCUUUGUUUUCGCUGCUGUCAAAGACACCAUCCUACAGCUCAACCUGAAAGAGUACAACCUGGUGUGACCUGACCCCCUCUAUACAGCGUAGUAACCUCUUAUUACUACCAAAUUGUGACAUUUUAUUUUCUUCCUUUUUUUUUUUUUUUUUUUUUUUUGCCAAAUUAGUGUAAGUACAGCAUAAUGCUGUAACUCUGCCUUUGAUAGAUGUAGUGAAAUUAAAUUUUAACCGGUUUCUACAGAAAGUCUUCAAUAUGUGAGGCGAGCAAAGGCAAUGUGACCAUUCCUCUGUAUGCCCGUUUCUACCUGCCCUCCCUGCCCCAGGUUCUUUUCUCUACUUUUAUUUUACUGGGUUGCCCCUGCCAUAGUUCCUCACUGAAAUAAUUUUGUUUUAUCAAUGCUGUUAAAUUGCAAUGCAGGUUAGAACUGACUACACAAAUGACAGGGCUAACAUAUGUAUUUUUUUUUUUUCUAGGGAUGAUGGAAUCGGUUGUGUAUGUGUUUGUAUAUUGUAUCUUAUAUAUAUAAUUUUAUUUUGUGCAUAUCUUUCCCCCAUGGAAACUGGUUCCCUAGUAAUUUCACUCUUACAUUUGGCAGUGUUAUUGAAGACCACAAACCCGCAGUCUGCCAUGCUACAUUUGCGGGUAAAAAUAACGUACUCUUAUGGAUAUGCCGUUAUGGGGGCUCAUGCGCACAUCUCUAUUUUUUGCAGUGGACUGACCGUCUUUGGGUCAGUCUGCAAAACCCAGAGCAGGAGGAUAGGUCCUCUUCCCGUUUUUUUUUUUUAGUCUUCUCACCUGGAAGCCAUGUGUAUGUGCUCCAUGUUUUGUGGAUCCGUUGUAUGUGUGCAUGAGCCUUUACUGUAGUAUUCUUCCCCACAAACAAUGGUGCACCAGAAUUUCGGAGCUGCAGGGACUCCAUAUACAGCUUCUGCCAUAUGCACUGAGCUGUACUGGUUCCUGUGGACAGAACCUCCAGUAGUUUUUGCCAAAUUUCCCUAAAACCUCUUGUUUUUUGACCCCUUUUGAAGAUUAUAUUAGAGCUCUGCUUUGCUAGCCGUUUCUAAAAUAGGCUUUUAGGGAAUAGCCUUUCCCGAUUCACUAUAGUGAUCUGCAGCCUGUAUUGUACUGGUGGCUGCUGCAGGGAGUGUCCUAACAUCCUGAUUUUUGCUCCCAGACCAUUGAUCUUUGUCCCAUUAUCAUCUCGACGUCCAGCAACCACCGACGAGCUGCUGUUGGCUUAAGUGUCUCACUUGGCAUAUGUUGAUCAAAGGUGGAGUUUCAUAUUAAGAGGCAGAAAUGGGAGGUACAUUUUCAGCCAGCAACAGAGAUUGUCACACUUCUCGUGAUCUUAGAGGACCUGUCCCCUCUCCUGACAUGUCUGUUUUAGUAAUUACUUGCAUCCCCCAUGCCAGUUCUGGAACAUCUAUUCUUAUGACUGUAUGUUGUGCCAUUCCUUUAUUCCUGCUAGAAGUUAUAAAUAAUCUGGUCCUUCUGGUCUUUGUUCUCUUUACUGAAGCAAUGAUGUUCUGUACAUGCCUGUGGCUACUGAAGCCAGUGACUGGAGGCAUCAAUCAUUACAGAAUAACUAAAGGGUGGCGUGGACCACUGAAAUGGUGGGGUUUCUUUUUAUUUUCUACCCCCCCCCCCCCCCCCUUCCAUUUCGUCACAUUCCUUGCUUUUAGUUUUUAGGUUUUGUUUUGUUCUUUUUGUUUUUUGCUACAAAAUGACCAAUGCCUUUGUAUUCUAGACAUACAGAAUUUUUGCAGUUCCUCUUGAAUUUUUAUGAAGAUUUAUCUAGAUACUAAGGAGAAUGUAUUGUAUUGACACUCCCUCUAUUUAGGGCUCAUGCACACGACCGUAUCCGUUUUGCAAGUCGUGUGCACCCCGCACUUUCCCGUUUCGCACAUCCCGCACAAUUGUAGAAAUGCCUAUUCUUGUGUGCAGUACAGGAACAGGGCAAAUGGAUGCAGACAGCAUCUGUAUGUCCAUUUUUAAUUUUUAUUUUUUUAUAUACUUGGGAACAAGGCAAGUGGCCUGUGAUUGGUUGACUUUUGAUCAUUAGGAGGGAAUAUUUUUUUUUUUAAAGGACAAGUUAUACUAAUUGAAAAAAAUGGAUGCUAUUGUACGUAAUCGGUUUACCUGACUCUCCUAUAACCUUUUUAGUUUUAUUUUAUUUUUAGCCUGAUUAAAGCUGAAAGCGUUGCAUUAUUAUUUUUUAUUCUCUAUAGAAGCCUAUGUAUCAGAAAUCCUCAGCUGAAGGGCUCAUUCACAGAAGUGUGUGCCCCAUGCUGCAGACCACAAAUUGCGGUCCACAGUGCACGGGCACUAAGAUGGCACAUGUCCUAUCUUUUGCGGUGCAGAAGCACAGACCUCAAAGCCCAUGGAAGCUCUUCAUAGUGCUAUGAAGAGCUUCCCGUGGGCUUCCAAUCCAUGCCUUCGUUCUGCGCGGCUUUGUAUCUUGUAGAUUGCGGACCCAUUCAAGUCAAUGGCUGUUUGCGGUCCUCAAUACGGGCACAGUCGCAUGAAUGAGCCCUACCUGAGAAGAAAACUUGAUCAAUUUAACUAAACGUGGUGUGAAAGAGGCACGUAGAUGCUGAAUACAGAAGGAUCUUAAGUUGUCAAAGCAUUCUGUGACAUAAAAGCACAAUGCCAUAGAGGGCUACGAAUACCUUUUUAAUUUUUUGCAGUGAUGUCUGUCUACGUUAUUCCUUAAUAGAUAUAGAUAACACUAUGUACUGAUCUAGCAGAGCUGAAAUAGUUCUUGAGGUAACUUGCUUAACGUUGAUGAGAUCCCAUGAGCUUUCACUGACCGAUUUGGACCAGUUACCUCUUUGCUGUUUGUAUCGUAAUGUGUAUACGUAUCUUAUACACUCAUUCCAUGCCCACUUUUGUUUCAUUUUGAAAAAAAUUGUAUUUAUUUAUUUUUGCUUAAAGGGGUUCUCCGGGAAUAACUACUUUAUCUAAUGCCUGCCACCUCUGUAAAUAGAAUAUUCAUAGUUGCCUGCUCCCUGUUUACAGUGGUCCUACUCUCUGGCUCCCGCAUGUCCUUGUUUUGGUCUCCAGAGUGUUUACAUCCAGUGCUGCAUGGUCACAUGCUCCUCUGUAGCCUGGCUCCAGCAAUGUUGUGCCAUGUAUCAUUAUGCCCAUUUGGUGCCAGAUGUAAACACUGAGGACCGGAAUAUGGACAUGGGUUAGCCACCACUGAGGACCGGAGCGGUGGGGAGCUGUUAAGUAUGAAUGCAGGCAUUAGGUAAAGUUAUUAUUCCCUUUUUAAAGGGCAGCCUAAACUGGUGGCAGAGGUCCUGAGUGCUGGAGUCUGCUCAGUAGAAUGCCUGAGCUUGAGAGUCCAUAUAUUCUUUAGAACUUGCCUCUCCCCAAACCCACCUCCGAUUCUUAUUGGCAGCUUGUCUAAGGACCCUGUCGGUCAUGCUCUGGAGGGUUCGAAUAGUUGAUGCUCAUGAUUAUUGGGACUCCAGUUCUCUGCCCAAGCCAAGCUGGAGAAUCUCACCAGUGGUUUAAGAGAAUAACCAGCCCAAAAAUAAGUGACCUAGCAUUUCUGUUAUGGUCUCUGUUACUAGUUUAUGCUGCCCUCAGAUGAGCAGUAUAAAACUGGUGACCUUCCUAUUAAUAGGUCUCAAGGCAGCAUAUUGCCCUGUUCGCCACUAAACAGAGGACUUGCCAAAAUGCAGACCCUGCAGGAUGGAUGGAAAAUACCUAUUGUAUAUUGCACUUUCAUACCAUUUACAGUAACACUAACAGGCAGUAUGUGUGAAACCAUACCGCAACACUAAAUACAGAGUAUUCUCAAUCCAGAAGUGUUCUCCUUUUUUCUUCUAGUCCCCCUUGUAUGUGUCACAAUUGCCACCUUAACAGUUGCAAAAACACUAUUUUACACUAAAUAAAAAAUGGUUUCUUACUACUGGCAUCUAGUAUUGCACGCUUAGAUGAAUGUGGUGUCUCUUGCUGCAACUAAGAACCCUGUAGCUCAUUUAAAGGAUACAGGCUGCAAAAUGUAACCCCCUCCAAGUAAUUGUACUUUGGUAAGAAAGCCUGGCAGCUUUUCUGACUCCACUCUCCCUACAUGGAACAAUGGAGAGCUGUCUAUACCCCAUGGACUCCAGUGCACUUAUUAAAUGUGUUGCCAUUUUAAUUAAGUCAUUAUAUCUGUCUAUUCCAUCUAGAACUGACCUUUCUGUAAGUUGAUGAUUUGCUGCUGAAUUUGGUCAAGACUGCUCUUCAAGUUCUGAACUACAUUAUUACUUUCUACAAGGUUUUAAUGUGCCUUAUGAAUCUAAUUGGAAAGAGUAUUAUUCCUUAGACGUGUCAUUUUUCUCACUUCGAGAGCAGUAAUGUAUGAUAGCAAGUUCUGCUUCAAAUAUAUAUAGUUCUAUUUGGAUGUACUGUAUGGCUCAGUAUUUCUGUAAAUUCUCAAGUGUCAAGUUGGUUAGCCAGAGCUGUAUUAUGAAAUCUUUGUUCCAGUCAAGCCUUCACCAAUAUAAUCUGUUGAUUAACAUCUAAAGCAAUGUUCUCCUAUUCUGUGGCUCUCCAAUUUUUCCAAAAUCAAAUCUCCCUGCAUGCCCUCACAUCUGUCAGGUCAUACUGGGAAUUAUAGUUUUAAGGUGCUUUUCCAGGACUCAGCAGGGCGCGCCAAGCCACAUUCAUAGCACAGAACACACCUGUAGGUCAAAGUUUGUAAUAUACUGAUCUGUCCAAAGUUGUGUGGAUUGGCCUUACAGGAACCCGGUCAUGUAAAUGCUUCUCUUCUGAAAAAACAUCUUCCGGACUGGGCUAUGGAUGAGCAUUCCAUUCUGGUGUGGACAGACAGAACGAUUCUUCUCCCUUGCAGAUACCCAAACCCCAGAAGCCAACUUGUCUCUGCAUUGUCCAGGGAGAGGAAUAGUUCUGAUUCCGGAAACGGUGACUGUAAUGUCCCGUCCAUAGCCCAGGCUGGAAAGCUGCAAAAGGAUGUUAUAUUGGUAGAAGCUGGGUUUUUAGAAGAGCGUCAUUUGACCAGGUUCCCAAGCAGCUGAUCCUCACAACUUCUGAAAUGUAACUAUAUUGCACACUUACUCCUUGUAUAAUUAAAAUAGGUUUGUGGGAUUCACUGGGCCUUGGAAACCCCUUUUAAAACAGGCGGGGAGCCACAGAUUGGAUAUUUAAAGGUCUAACGGUUCUUUUCACAUAGGCCGAUUUUAUAGGUAGUUAUCCGGAAUGAACUGCUCUUUGAGCAGAGGUUAUAGCUCAUUGACUUAGCAGCAGUCAUCCCCUCUGUGUAGGGAGGAGUGCUCAUUCAUCCCCCAUACCUAUUCAUCAUUUGUUGGAAGCAGAUCCCUGUUUACACGGGGUGAUAUAAUGCCCUGGAACGAUUUUUGGGUGCCAUGUUUCACAAGCUAUCGGGUAAGAGCUUUCCUUUGAGCACUCUCCCCCGAUAAUUGUCCCGAUGACUGUCCUAUGUAAAAGACCUCAAGGCAUGUACCCUUUUGUGCUGUAGACAUUUGCUGUGCCUCUUCUCUCCUAGAGCAUUACCAGGAGAACGUAGGACACAUUAUUGGGCCAUUUUGAGGGUACAGAAGAUAUUUUUUGACCUAAGCUGUUUUUAUAAUCCAGUAGCCCAGUUAGUCUGAAAGCAGAAUGUCCUUGACAAUUUUAGCGAUUGCAUUCACUUUUAUUUUUUAGCAAAUGUUUUUAAAGCCAUAUCUUCCAUACUAUGUUAGAAUAUUCAGUUUUUAUCCAUUUAAGUAUAAAUGUCGCUCAACAUGUAUAUCUUGUGGCCAGUGAUACAUUGUGAUCAGUUUGUUGUGAAGCCAUCACUUAAUUCUUUCUCCCUGCUAAUGGUUGGGGACAUCUUAACGUUAAAACACUAACAAUGCCUCCAAUUUGAUCACUAUGUUCACAAGUAUGUUUUUAGAACUUGCCUAUCUGCCCGUUUGCACUGUUUGGGCUUUGACAUCACAUUUUGUCUUAUAAGUUUUCUGUUUCACAGCUGUUUUAUAUGAUGUACAUUAUAUAUAUAUAAAUAUAUAUAUAAUAUAUGUUUUUUAAUAUGCAUUUGUAAUUAUUGUGAAAUGCCAGCUCCCUCCCCCACAUUGCAGUUUCUUGUUGCACUGUGUAAAGAAAUGAUGAAAUAAUAAAUGCAGUACCCGGUCUUCAUCCCUGUUUGUGCACGAGAGUGGUGUCUGUUAAAUGCUCCAAGGUAAAGCUUUUCUUGUGGAAUGUUUUUCUUGUUGCCCUGGCUCUUCGUCUGCUACCCACAUCAUUUUCACCAAUUCCUCACUACAUUUUGCCAUUGCAUAUUAUUAUUUUUUCUACUUUAGUAAAAAGUGCCAAAGUUGUGGUGGUCCUGGGAUGAACACCCAAUGUGUAUAGUUCAUCCUGCCUGCCGGGUUUUUUCUUUUUGUUAAGGCACGAACACUGGUAAAUGUAUAUCUGAUCUGCUUUGUUAAGGAAUUUGAUGUAAUACAUGAAUUCAGUCUAAUUGCUAUUGUGAAUUUAUGUUUCAAGAUGUGAGUGAAUGGGAUCAAUGAGGGCUUCUGUAUAUGCUUCUAAACAUUCCUCAUUAUAGAAAACCCCAUUUUCUUUAGCUUUGUUGCAUAUUUAUCAGACCCCUAUCUAAGUGUACUUCCUAUUUCAAGCAACAGUUCUAUCCUAUAAUCCUUGCUAAGAUAUCUUAUUAUAUACACGUAGCUAUUGCUUUAUUUUAUUUUCUUUGGGAGGGGGGUAUGUUCAUGGCAUUUUCUGUGAAGGCAACACUUUUUUCUUUCAAUAUUUUGUUAGGGGGCUUCUGUAUGGAGAAAAUGAGUGAGUUAUUUCAUAAAAAUAUUGGCAUAGUAUUUCAUGUAACGGGGCACAAGGCUGAUUACCCAUUCCAAACCUGGCAGAAAUAUUAAUGUUUUGUGGAGUAUAUAUGUGAUACGGGUCACUUGUUAUAUCUACAACAAAUUUGAAGCAGUCUCCAUUAAAGACUAUCAGAACUUCCAGACUGAGGCAAAGUUCUUGAUAACCUCUGAGAAAAGAGGACUUUUCUGGGCAAGAACUUGCACAAAUUUCUUCCUUUUUGGCAUAAAACAACUGAAUUUUGCAGCUCAUUUAAAAUAACGCAUACAGAUUUUAUUUUUGUUAGCCACUUGAUGAUGACCCCCCCCCCCCCCCCCCCCCCCCAUUCUUGUCUUAUUUUCGCUUUUCCUAAAUGCUUUGGUUUUUGUGUCCCAUGUGCCCCCUAUUGGCCAGAUGCACACUGGAAUUUGAUUUUCAUACUGUGCUCCUUAAAAUAAAUUGUUUGAAAUUGGAA